GCGCUUGCUGCAGAUGGAGUCUAUUAGUUUUGAUGAAGAGUUAGGGCAAGUUUAGGGCACUGUGGCAGCACUGAGAUAAAGUCUGGUUCUUCCCCAGCUCGCUCAGGAAAUGUUCUCGGAUACAAUGGCGGCCCCCUCUGGGCAUACCUGCCUGUGGAGCGGAGAGUGGACAGGGUGACAUUGCCCCAGGGAAGGUCACAGCUGCCUGAACCUUUAAAACUCCCGGACACACACUGCCUGUGCAGGGUCUGGAACCCAGCAGCACUGCCAGGGCCUUGAAGUGCUUCUUCAGAGACCUCUCUUCAUAAACGACUUUUUUUCUUAAAGCAGCAAAAGGAGAAAAUUGACAUCAAAGGAUAUUCCAGAUUCUUGAUAGCAUUCUCAUCAUCUCUGAGGACAUCACCAUCAUCUCAGGAUGAGGGGCAUGAGGCUGCUGGGGGCUGUGCUGGCACUGUUGGCCCUACUGCAGGGGGCCGUGUCCCUGAAGAUCGCAGCCUUCAACAUCCAGACAUUUGGGGAGACCAAGAUGUCCAAUGCCACCCUCGUCAGCUACAUUGUGCAGAUCCUGAGCCGCUACGACAUCGCCCUGGUCCAGGAGGUCAGAGACAGCCACCUGACUGCCGUGGGGAAGCUGCUGGACAACCUCAAUCAGGAUGCACCAGACACCUAUCACUAUGUGGUCAGUGAGCCACUGGGACGGAACAGCUAUAAGGAGCGCUACCUGUUCGUGUACAGGCCUGACCAGGUGUCUGUGGUGGACAGUUACUACUACGAUGACGGCUGCGAGCCCUGUGGGAACGACACCUUCAGCCGAGAGCCAGCCAUCGUCAGGUUCUCCUGCCCAUUCACAGGGAGUGGCCGCUGCACAGAGGUCAGGGAGUUUGCCAUUGUUCCCCUGCAUGCGGCCCCAGAGGACGCAGUAGCUGAGAUCGAUGCUCUCUAUGACGUCUACCUGGAUGUCCAAGAGAGAUGGGGCUUGGAGGACGUCAUGUUGAUGGGCGACUUCAAUGCGGGCUGCAGCUAUGUGAGACCCUCCCAGUGGUCAUCCAUCCGCCUGCGGACGAGCCCCACCUUCCAGUGGCUGAUCCCUGACACCGCUGACACCACAGCUACAUCCACACACUGCGCCUACGACAGGAUCGUGGUUGCAGGGACGCUGCUCCAGGAGGCCGUUGUUCCUGACUCGGCUCUUCCCUUUAACUUCCAGGCUGCCUAUGGCCUGAGUGACCAACUGGUACGUGUCCUCCCUUGCACAGUCACAUGGGGAUGGGACACAGGAACUUAGGCUCAGGCCAGACCCUGUGCCCACUUGCCUGCAGGCCCAAGCCAUCAGUGACCACUAUCCAGUGGAGGUGAUGCUGAAGUGAGCAGCCUUCCCCACGCCAGCUGAACUGCAGGAAGAGAGGACCCAUCCUGCCGCAGGAGCCACACAAACAGCCCAACACUCAGGUUAAGAAAUACCUUUUAAUUUAGGUCAAUAAAGCUCAAGGCGGCGGGGCUGUCA